AUGUCAGUUCUCGCUACACUCACAAGCUAUGUUUCAGCCUAUACCCUCCACACCUCGAUGUUGCAGUCGCAAGAACAUGAAUACGAUGAAGUCUACUCAACUAUAGUGGUCACUGCGGAAACACGACCAUUGUGUAAACUUUCUAUUCAAUACUUGUUAACGACUAGCAUCCAGGAUACAAUGCAGGGAAUUUCCUUUGCUAUCUCGACACCCCCUUGGAUUACUCGGGCUAUGUCGAAUGACAAGAGAUAG